AUGAAUCUACGACAUCUUAUUGCAGCAAAUCCGGGAGCUUCCUUCUCUAUCGUUGCCCACGAAGCAUUAGAUCAUAUUGUUGCUGAUGGCGAAAACGAUGAUUGUAUCAGUCAAGAACAUGGAUAUGUUUCACAUCAACGCUCUCGACGUCGAUUAAGACGAGACUUCAAUGCAUUACCAGAAAAGGUUUUACUUGCUGUGUUUUCCUAUUUACCGCACGCUGAAUUAUUGCGUUGUGCACGCGUUUGUCGUUUAUGGCGUGCCUUAAGUCAAAAUUCAAAAUUAUGGAAAACUGUUUUUCUUCGGCCAGAUCAUCAUGGUUUACAUAUUAAAAAUCUCGAUCAAUUUCUUAGUUUAAUUGGUCAUCGUUUUUCAUUAUCAUUACAAUAUAUUGAAUUACCUAUGGAAUUAAUAACAGCUGAUGUUUUACAUGAAUUAGCUAAUAAAUGUCCGAAUUUAAAAUAUUUAACACUAGACUUUUCAACAGCUAUGCAGUUACAUGAUUUCAAUGAUUUAAAUGCAUUUCCAUGCAAUCUUAAAAUGCUCUGUAUUUGUUUGUCUGAAGUUAUAUUUCUGGAAGGAUUUAUGAGACGUAUUUAUGCAUAUCUAUCAUCAUUAGAAACUUUACAAAUCAUUGGUACAAUUGAAAAAUCAAGUGAAGCUGAAGAAGAAGUCUAUGAAACAAUUAAUAUUAGUAAAAUUAAAGCACAAACACCUAAUCUUCGAGUUAUCAAUUUAUAUGGUAUAUUUUUUGUUGAUGAUAAUCAUAUAGAAAUAUUAGCAUCGGGUUGUAUUCAUCUUGAGUGUCUUGCAUUGAAUUUUUGUACACGUGUCAAAGGUAUGAGUUUCAAAAUUUUAUUGCAACGUUGUAAAAAGUUACAAACUCUUCUUCUUCAAAAUACUGGUAUCGAAGAUAAUGCAAUGUUAACAGCUGGCUGGGAGUCGUCUUCUAUUAAUGAACUUGAUAUAUCAUCGACGGAACUAACUGAAGAUAGUUUUUUAAAUAUAUUUGCACGCAUGCCAAAAUUAACUUAUUUAGCGGUACCGAAUUGUGACGGUUUUACUGAUCACGUUCUUAACCAAUUAAUCGAUCAAGGUAAACUAUCGAAUAUGCGUGCUAUUGAUUUAAGUAAUACCGUUAAUUUGACUUUUGAAACGGUGUUCAUUUUUCUUAAACGUCAUGGUCGACAAUUACGUGGUUUAUCAUUUGCUGGUAAUCCAAAAAUAACAGAGCAAUUUUGGAUAAAUGCAAUAAAAAGUUUGAAAAAUAUAAGGUAUUUUGUUUUUUGA